AUGGCUACCGAGCAGACUUACAUCAUGAUCAAGCCGGACGGCGUCCAGCGCGCCCUCGUCGGCGAGAUUAUUGGCCGCUUCGAGAAGCGUGGUUACAAGCUUGUCGCCAUGAAGCUCGUCCACGCCGGCACUGACCUGCUCGAGCAGCACUACGGUGACCUCAAGGGCAAGUCUUUCUUCCCUGGUCUGGUGAAGUACAUGGCCUCUGGCCCUGUCGUUGCCAUGGUCUGGGAGGGCAAGGACGUCGUCAAGCAAGGUCGUGUUCUCCUCGGUGCCACCAACCCGCUCGCCAGCGCACCCGGCACCAUCCGUGGUGACUUUGCCAUCGAUGUCGGCCGCAACAUCUGCCACGGCUCCGACUCUGUCGAGAACGCCAAGAAGGAGAUCGCUCUCUGGUUCGGUGCACAGGACGCUACCAUCCAGUACACCCGUGCUCAGGACGCUUGGAUCUACGAGGUUGUCAGGGCCAACAGAACAUUGAUGCCUCCGCCCGAUUCUUUUCACCAGUAA